CAACCUUGACACUUAAACCGUCAAAAAACUAGCCGCACCACAUGUUAAAUUCAUGUUUUUCGGACCGUGUUCUUCCUUAUUUCAAGAUUCGCGAUGUCGCUUCUUAUGGCGGCAGCACAUGACAGUUCCCCUGUGAGGAGGAACGUGUCAGAAGUAGAGAUUGUGGAACGUGUAAAAUUCAAUGUUUACGGUCUGUUGGUCACUGCCGAAUUCCAAAAAUGCAAAUAUAUCGCUGAAGGUUUAUUUCGAUGCUACCCUGAGAAAUAUCUGGAGCCCUUGAUCAAACCUAUGCUGAACGUUGAGUGGAACGAGUUUUUGAGAAAUGAGAGAAGAUCAAGAGGAGGCCGCCUUUGGACGUUGAGAAAAGGCGUAGCAGUCUACUGCAAUGAUGAAUUCAUGGGCGAUGACACAGCCUUGAGCAAGUACAUCUCUACGAAGUACAUUUUUCCCAUGAAGAACUUUCAUCAAAUGGGGAGACAAGCCCUAAAGAAACAUUUGAUGGAUGUCAUGGCUCAUGGUAGAAGGUGUGUCUAUAUAAUGGUUGCUAUAGACGAUGCCAUUGUGGGAUCAAUGAUUUUCACACUUUUCGAAGAUAUGGUGCCCAAGACUUGCCGGCUCUUCCUGAAGAGGUGCAGGAAGUUGAAAGGAGGCUACUCCAACACCCUAAUUCACAGAAUAGUGGAAUCGAGUUGGAUACAAUGCGGUGGCCACAAGCUGGAUGAGGUAAAGAUGCCAUGCGAGAACUUUGCCAUAUCACACGAUAACAGAGGAGUCUUAUCGAUGUGCAACUCAGGGAGGCACAAGAACAACUCCACACAGUUCCUGGUGACUUUGCAGAAGUCCACUUGGAUGGAUACUCAUUAUGUGGCCUUUGGGAAACUUCUUCACGGAGACUGGGUUCUAUCCCAAAUCGAAAAAGUACCAACCAAGUACCAAGCUCCCCAAAAAGAGGUUAAGAUCGUGAGAGCCGGAGAGUUCAAUCUUUGUCUGCCCAAGUUCGGCGAAGGCAGGUUAGAACAUGAACUUAACGAAUUCUUGGACGACAGACUUUCGAAGACAAUGGAUCCCAAACAGGCGAAGGCAGCUUACAAGAACUACUACGCCUUGACUGAUCUAAACUUGGACAAAAUGGAGAGUCGAUUUAAAGAUGAAAGUAUUGAGAAGGAGUUCUUGGAUUCAGAUCUGCGCUCAUACUUCCCCAUGCAGAUGCUGCCUAGAAACAUCCAAGAGGCGUUCAACUAUGUUCCAGGAAAGAAAUCUAGUUGUAUGUUCGAGAUUGAGAACUGCCUGAAAUGUGGAUGCAGCCAUGAUGUUGGAAAGUGCUUCAAGGACCUGAAAGCUUGUCCAUCGUUGGAUAGUUCUCCUUGAGAAGACCCAGAGACCGAUUUUGUGUGUUGUGAUUGAUGUCGUAUCUUCAGUAAAAUGUCCUCACUUGA